ACACGAGAAUGUAAAAUAAUGUUUUGUGAGUUUGUGCAAUGUUUGGCUGCACAGCAGGAGUUCAAGGAGUUGAGCUGCUGCUUGUUAUUCCUUCAAGUGCUUGUGUACAUCCUUAAAAUUCCAAAAAUAUACAGUUUAUGGUGUUAGUGGUAUCGUUAAGUUAAUGGAUAACGUUAAAAAAACAAAACAUAGUUAUGGGUCUGAGUUAAAAUGAAUCUUACUCAUUUCCAUGACCUUUGCUGAGUCCUUGCUAAUAUUUUGGUGUUUCGAGUUCUCUGCAGAAGAAGACAGGACUGGCGGUAAAACGGAGAGAUUGGAGGACAUAAUGUGAUCAUGGGGUUUGGCUUGUUGUUAAUCAUUGAUUCAAAGUGGAGGUUGGUCUCUGCUCAGUGGACUGAAGUCAGUGAGAACAAAACAAGACUGCCAGGAGGGAGAAGCAACAGACUGUAUUUUACUUUGUGCACACACUGAACGUGAUUUCCUUCAUCAUUUCAUUGGAGUGUGUGCAGGUGCAUUGUGCACUGACAGAGAAACACAGACUCAAUAACGAACCAAGGUGGUGUGUGUGUGUGUGUGUGUGUGGCACAUCAAGAUGUUUGUGGUUCACCUUGUUUGCUCCUUCUUCUCUAAACUCCAGGAGGACCCCACAAAGAAGGUGGACAGGUUUCUCUAUGCCAUGCGUCUCCACGACGACCAGUUAAGUGACAUCUCGGCUUGUUUCCAGGCAGAAAUGAAGAAGGGGCUUUCAGCGGAAAGCAACGCCGCAGCAGCGGUGAAGAUGCUGCCAACACACGUGCGCUCCACUCCUGAUGGAUCAGAGAACGGACAGUUUCUGGCGUUGGAUCUUGGAGGCUCCAGGUUUAAGGUGCUCCAAGUUAAAGUGAGAGAGGGCACUGGGAUUAGGAAGGGAGGAGUGGAGAUGGAGGAGAACACCUACCCCAUACCUGAGGAGCUACUCACUGGGAGAGGAACAGAGCUAUUCGACCAUGUGUCAGAGUCUCUGAAGGACUUCCUGCAUGAGAAGAACAUCAGUUUGGAGAAGAAACAUCCUCUGGCCUUCACUUUCUCUUUCCCCUGUGAACAGUCCGCCUUGAAUCAGGGAUUAUUGUUAAACUGGAGUAAAAACUGCCGGGCUCGAGGCCUUCAGGGUAAAGAUGUGGUCCAGGCCCUCAGAGGGGCUAUUGACAGAACGGGGGGUAUGGAUGUAGAGGUGUUAGCCAUGGUUAACGACACCGUAGCAACCAUGAUGACCUGCGGCUUUGAUGACCAGCACUGUGAAGUAGGACUCAUCGUUGGUACGGGCACCAAUGCGUGCUACAUGGAGGAGCUGCGUCACGUUGACCUGGUGGAGGGAGACGAGGGCAGGAUGUGUGUGAACACUGAGUGGGGAGCCUUCGGAGACGACGGGGCUCUGAAUGAUUAUAUCACUGAGUUUGACAGGGAUGUGGACGCAGCCUCCAACAACCCUGGAAAACAAAUCCUAGAGAAGAUGGUCAGUGGGCUGUAUCUGGGCGAGUUAGUGCGGCUGGUUGUUUUAAAGAUGGCAAAACUCGGACUACUUUUUGAUGGACAUGUGUCUGAUGCCCUGAGGACGAAAGGGAAGAUAACCACUGCACAUGUAGCAGCCAUGGAGGAAUACAAAGAUGGUCUGAAGAACACCAGAAACAUUCUCGUGGAUCUUGAUUUGACCCCUACAUCUGACGACUGUGUGGCUGUCCAACAUGUCAGCACCAUAGUGUCCUUCCGGUCCUCAAAUCUGGUGGCUGCAGGACUGGCUGCCAUCUUGACUCGAAUUAAGCAAAACCGGAAUUUGAGGACGUUAAGGAUCACUGUAGGAGUGGACGGGACUGUGUACAAGACGCAUCCACGAUAUCCUAAUCGUCUCCAUGAAGUAGUGCGGCGGCUGCUUCCUGAGUGCGAUGUCAGGUUUGUCCUCUCAGACAGCGGCAGCAGCAAAGGAGCUGCUCUGGUAACAGCAGUCGCCCAACGACUGGCAUCACGAAGGCGAAAGGUGGAUGAGACGCUGUCGCCCUUCAGACUGAGCCAAGAGCAGCUGCAGUUGGUGAAGACGAGGAUGAGGGCGGGGCUGGAAGCAGGGCUGAAGAGCAAAGGCCCUUCUGCUAUCAAGAUGCUGCCUUCUUUUGUGUACAGUACACCUGAUGGCACGGAGCACGGAAAGUACCUCGCCUUGGGUCUGGGAGGAACAAACUUCAGAGCGCUGCUGGUGAACUUUAAAAAAGGUCUGCAACAGAACUCACAACUUCACCACAAGAUCUACACCAUACCGCUGGAGAUAAAGCAGGGAAGUGGAGAAGAGUUGUUUGAUCAUAUAGCACAGUGUGUAAGUGACUUCCUGGACUACAUGGGGAUGAAGAACGCUCGUCUUCCUGCAGGCUUCACCUUCUCUUUCCCCUGCGAGCAGACAGCUAUUGACAGAGGCACAUUGGUGAACUGGACCAAAGGCUUCAAGGCCACAGACUGUGAAGGACAUGAUGUAGUCAGCAUGCUGAGGGAAGCCAUCAAGAGACGCAACGAUUUUGACGUGGACAUAGUAGCGGUCGUGAAUGACACAGUGGGGACGAUGAUGAGCUGUGCGUAUGAAGACCCGCAGUGUGAAAUCGGACUGAUUGCUGGAACGGGCACUAAUGUUUGUUACAUGGAGGAGCUGAAGAACAUUGAGAAGACUGAGCAGAAGAAAGAAGAAGAAGAAGAGAUGUCUGAGGGAGAGGAGGGAAAGGAUGAUGGGACAGAAAGAGAGAGAGUGGAGGGGGAUGCUAAGACACCAAAGAUGUGCAUAAACACAGAGUGGGGAGGUCUGGGUGACGAUGGCGCUCUGGAAGACUUCAUCACACUUUAUGACAUCGAAGUCGACCGAAACUCACUGAACCCCGGAAAACAAAGGUUUGAAAAGCUGACCAGUGGGAUGCAUUUAGGAGAAGUUGUUCGACAGGUAUUAUUGGAUUUAACCAGAGGAGGCUUGCUGUUCAGAGGACAUGUCACAGAAGCUUUAAAAACACCCGGAAUAUUCCAGACCAAAUACCUGUCACAAAUAGAGAGUGACCGCCUGGCUCUACUGCAGGUCAGAUCUAUUCUCCAACAGCUGGGGCUCGACAGCACCUGUGAUGACAGCAUCAUCGUCAAAGAGGUGUGUGGAGCAGUGUCACAUCGUGCAGCGCAGCUGUGUGGGGCAGGAAUGGCGGCCGUGGUCGAUAAGAUCAGAGAGAACCGAGGAGUGGACCAUCUGAACAUCACUGUAGGGGUGGACGGGACACUCUACAAACAGCAUCCACAUUUCUCUGGAGUCCUCCAAGAGACUGCUAAAGUGUUGUCUCCUCGGUGUAAUGUCACCUUCCUGCCAUCGGAGGGCGGCAGCGGGAAGGGAGCCGCCCUCAUCACAGCCAGGCAGAAGAUGGAGCUGUAACUUCACAUGAGUAUAAGAAACAUUAAAGGUAUUUCUCUCAUAAUUUGGAAUACCAAUUGUCGUGUGAUGGUCUGUGAGAGCGGCAGACCGGCGUCAAGUGUUACUUCAGAUACAAAUGGAUUCACCAACAACUUCUUGUCAACCUGACAUCAAGGAGCCUCACCAGUUUAUCACUGCGUGAUCCCUCAGUCCUCCCACCCACGAACACAGUCAUCUGUGCUGCUCAUUAUUAUUAUUUAAGUUUCUUACGUUAUGUUUUUUUAUUUGUGUUGAUUACAUGACUUUUGUAUUCACUUAUAAUGCUUUUUGAGGUGAUUCCUUCUAUUACUCUGUAGAUUUAUUAAACAAAUUCAAAUUUCACCUGGACAACUUGCUGCUUUUUGUUGUUGUUGUUGUGUAACUGUUGUAAAUUGUGUGACCAGCUAAAUUGGGAGCACUGCUGCCAUCCAGGGAUUAACUUCUGGUUCUCAAUAAUAUUUUAAAAUGGAUUCAAAUGAAUGGAUUUUGGCAACAUGACAUCAAAAAACGUGUAUUUGUCUGUCGAAAAUCUCAUUGUAUUGUCGUCCUCUCUAUUGGUUUCAAAAUAAAUGUAUGACUGG